GUUGAUAGGCUGGAGUCCCUCCUGAGGAACCCAGAGGCGUAAUAACCAACUACAGUGUUACCUGGAGUCCACCAAAUAUAUAUAAUCUUAGUGAGACUGUUGUGGAAGGAACAACGACCAAGUAUAUUAUCACAAACCUGGAACCCUGUACUUACUACAACAUCACUGUUACUGCAGCCAACUUCUUGGGUUAUGGUGAAUAUGGCAGCAUCCUGGUCACCACUGAUGGUACUCCUCCAGCAGCACCGUCGUCAGUGUUAUGUAGGGAGGCCACUUCCCCUCGCACGAUGACUGUCUCCUGGCCUCAUGUUAUCUCAAAUUGCGUAAUGCUCAACUACAGGGUAAACUACACUGGGAACGUCCUGUGGUCAAACUACAACACAUACGACACACAAGAUUCUACAGUGACUUACGUAGACUUGACUGACUUAACGCCGUGGACAAGCUACACUGUGUGUGUAGCAGGAUUAGUUGUCAGGAACGUUGUAGGUGCAUCAAACUGUUGCAGCUCGACAACACCCCAGGCAGUUCCUGGGAUGCCAGCUCAGUUUAACCAAACGUUUUCAAGCAUAAAGAGCGUGACUGUGUCUUGGGUUCAACCCGAAGAGCUUAAUGGUGAGCUGACAGCCUACCAGCUAGCCUGGCCUGGUCACUUCACCAACCUCACAGCUAACUCCACCACCUACACAAUCUCCGGUCUUCGUCCACAUUCACACUACGAUGUUACUUUGAAGGCAAGUACAGCGGCAGGCUGGGGAGAUGCUGUCCGGAUACAAGUCAAGACUGAGAUGGGCGGUAACACUGGAGUUAUUGUCGGGGGGUUGGUGGGAGGCCUCGCACUGAUGGCUGUCCUAGUCGUUGCUACCGUCUUCGAGGACGAACUGAAGAAGAAAAUGAAGACUGUUAUACCCAAGCAAUGGUACUCGUACAAGUUCCACACACCUUUUUCCGAUUCUCCAUUCCGACGAGUGUACAGGCGUCGCACUCCAGACACAACGAAAACGACCACAGUGACAGAAGCUUAUAAUGAGGACGCAAUGGAAAACCAGCUGCAAGAAGAUAUACAGAACCUGGAGAAGGAAAUCCAGCAGGAGGCUGAGAAGGAUGACCUGUCAUCUUGUAAAGCUGAGAUACUGGAGUCCGAUGUUGACCAACCUACCAAGGAUGUUAACGCUCGUCCUCGAGAGAGUGAUGCUGGGUACGAGAACUUUAUCUUCGAUGAUGAUGACCCACACUACAUCAUCCUCCACUAGUAUGAUUAUGAUGACCCACACUACAUCAUCCUCCACUAGUAUGAUUAUGAUGACCCACACUACAUCAUCCUCCACUAGUAUGAUUAUGAUGACCCACACUACAUCAUCCUCCACUAGUAUGAUUAUGAUGACCCACACUACAUCAUCCUCCACUAGUAUGAUUAUGAUGACCCAGACUACGUCAUCCUCCACUAGUAUGAUUAUGAUGACCCACACUACAUCAUCCUCGACUAGUAUGAUUAUGAUGACCCAGACUACGUCAUCCUCUACUAGUAUGAUUAUGAUGACCCAGACUACGUCAUCCUCUACUAGUAUGAUUAUGAUGACCCACACUACAUCAUCCUCGACUAGCAUGAUUAUGAUGACAUUACGUCAUCCUCGACUAGUAUGAUUAUGAUGACCCAGACUACGUCAUCCUCUACUAGUAUGAUUAUGAUGACCCAGACUACGUCAUCCUCUACUAGUAUGAUUAUGAUGACCCACACUACGUCAUCCUCUACUAGUAUGAUUAUGAUGACCCACACUACGUCAUCCUCCACUAGUAUGAUUAUGAUGACCCAGACUACGUCAUUAUCCACUAGUAUGAUUAUGAUGACAUUACGUCAUCCUCGACUAGUAUGAUUAUGAUGAUCCACACUACGUCAUCAUCCACUAGUAUGAUUAUGAUGACCCACACUACGUCAUCCUCCA